CUGGGUUCUCUUUAUCUACUUUUAGGACUUGUGUGAAAAUCUGAUGAUGUUUUAGGUAAAAUUAUGCAGAAAUCACAAACUUUCAAGCAUCACUGUAAAUAUAAGCAUUUUAAUACUUGGAUUAAAAUCCUUUGGUGUCAGUUUUUGAAAUUGAAAUCUGGAACCUAUGGACAUCACUAAAUGCUGAGUUCCCUUCCUUGAGGAUGUUUUGCUAGGGAGCUGCCUUCAGCAAGUGAAAAGCAGCUCAUUUGAGUUGACUGACUUGGCCAUUUAAGAAUGUUCUGUUUCUUUGCUGUUUGAGAACUGGACAGUGGUGGGUUUCCCAUAAGCCUCUUAAUGCUAAGAGCAUCUUACAGUUUUUCUCAAUUGGUUUGGCUCAUUUCCUGAAACUGAGAUGACAUUCUCAAAAUAACAUGGACAAAUCCCCAAACCCACUUGCAAUUUCUCACAACAGAUUGGCAUUUCUCAUUGCUUUCAUCAAAUUGCAAAUCCUUUUUACAUGUCUCAAGUGUCUAGUGCAUCCUUGCAAAUGGUUAUGUACAAGUGGCCCACAGUUAACACAAUCAUCCCACAUUUAGCACAACUUCCAAAUGAAUAGAUGUUCGUAAUCCAUCCCAAUUAGCUGUUUCUCAAUGUAAUGGUCGUUCCCUCCAAAACAUGUCAGAACAAUUUCAUCGUAUAAGUCAUCAUAUGCAGAAUAGUCUGCUCAAUUGUCAAACUUAGUCAAGGACAUAAUACAAUAUAGUAUAUAUAUUUUUGGAAGAUUUUGGAAGAUUUUUGGAAUAAAUACAUGGCAGUCAGGUGAAUUCAGGUUUUGACUAACGAUGGAGGAGUUUCCCACAUCACAGAUGACCAAUCCAACAGUUUGUGGAGUUACCUGGCAGGUGUUGUGUAUGACUGUGACUGCUGCCAUACAUGUAUACUGUAUAUAGAGCUUGGCCUGGUGCCAGUACUAUUUGCAGAGUGAACAUGGAGGAACCUCAACAAGGACAACUUCCAGCUGGAGGAAGGGGAAGAGGAAGAGGAGGAGGGGUGCGGAUGCGUGGUGGUGGAGUAGGGGGAAGAGGGCGAGGAGUGCGUAGGCAUCACACUGUCCCCGAUGAAAUUCGAGCCACCAUUAUUGACCAUGUAGUCAAUCAUGGCCUAACCAUGGCAGAGGCAGGGCGCCGAGUGCAGCCUAACGUGCCACGCUCUACAGUCUCCUCCAUCAUACAACCCUUUCGCAGGGAAAACAGAAUUGGGCGACAGCCUCCUUUGGGCAGUAGAAGGAGAUUGCUCACAGAUCCCCAGGAACAAGCCAUCUGCAACAUGGUUAUACAAAACAAUGCCAUCACACUCACACAGAUCCGCAAUGCAGUCCUUCAAGACGAAUCCAUCUUCCACAAUAUCAACUCCAUUAGCAUCUCAACCAUAGACCGGGUACUGAAGAGAAAUCAUAUGACCAUGAAACAAAUAUACAGGGUACCAUUCGACAGGAACACAGAGAGGGUGAAAAAACUGUGGUACCAGUAUGUGCAGAGAAUAAUGGCAUUGGAAGGGAUUGAAACACCUCAUCUCCUGGUGUUUGUAGAUGAGGCUGGUUUCAAUCUGGCCAAGAGCCGCAGGCGCGGACGUAACAUCAUUGGCCAGCGGGCCACAGUGGACGUCCCGGGUCAAAGAGGGGGAAAUAUUACAAUGUGUGCGGCCAUUUCUGACAAUGGUGUGGCCACACGUAUUGCAAGCCUGGGCCCGUACAACACUCAGAGGCUCCUCUUCUACCUGGACCGUCUGUAUAUGGAUUUAGUCCCCGAAAAUGAAAGGGGUCUCGAAGCACCCCACCUACCACAGUUUGUCAUUGUGUGGGACAAUGUGAGCUUUCACCGUGGCCCACUCAUCAGAGCAUGGUUCAACAGCCAUCCAAGGAUGCGUAAUGUGUUUUUACCACCAUAUUCGCCGUUUCUCAAUCCUAUUGAAGAGUUUUUCUCUGCUUGGAGGUGGAGAGUUUAUGAACGCCACAUUGGGGAUCCCCUCAAUGCGAUGGAUGCUGCCUGUGAAGACAUCACAGGCGAUCAGUGUCGGGGUUGGCUAAGACAUUCACGCCGCUUCUUCCCACGCUGCAUCGCAAGGGAGAACAUCCGGUGCGAUGUAGAUGAAAAUCUGUGGCCAAACAGAGAGCAGCGGAUGGAUGGCCAGGAGGAUGAGGAUGGUGACCAGGAGAAGGUGGGGGAAGACAGCAACAGCGACUAGUCCAAGUGUUUCAUUUCUGGAACUUUAUUGCUUUUUUGGUUCAUGUUUAUAUUUUGCCAUACAGCCUUUCAGCGCGAGGACGCAUGAUAUCACAUGCAGAAGGUCAAUGCAUAUUUUCCUUUUACCUAUAUUCUCUGUACGUAAUGCAGUAAUGCAUGCAAUUUGGUUUGUGUGAAAAUUGUGUGAAUAAACAAUUUCCUUGGCGAAAUGAGUGCACUGUGUGUGGUGUCAAACUUUGGAGGCUGCUCUCACUGUAAAACCCUAUUUCUCCAGUUUUAUAUAUAAUAGUAUUCCUUUAGCUAGACCUCUGA